UCUGAACCCGUCAUUAAGCGGUAACCUGUAGGUUGGAUCAGAUUUCGUUGGUGGCGGCUCGUAGCAGAUUUUUCUCCAACUAAUUUUGACGAGGCGGACUCGUCACACGACGCGGCGCAAGCUGUAUCCAAUUUAGUGGAUGGUGUUUUCGCGACAAGCUUUAAACUCUCCUUAAAUGCUGUUGAUGUGCUGCUAAAAAAACGGGAGGAAAAGAAUAACUGAUUGAGAGAAUUAAUCUCGCUCCUGACAUCUUUUCGUACUCGUUUUAUGAUACAAUUAGUAAAUGUUUUCCAACAUACGUUGCGCGAAACGAUGGAUGACAAUAAAUGCGCACGGAUGAUUCAAACAAACUUUUCGUUAUACGGCCUGGUAUUGUCGAGGGAGCUUGGAGCAUCCCUCGCCAAGCGGUUGUUGACGAUACCGGAAGAUGAGCGUGAAACUUGGCUGAAUCGCAUCAUAGGGCUGAUCCUAGCCCAAAAUUUAAACGACCCGCAUGUUAGUGUGCAACACGUAAAAAUCGCCAUAGAAGAAUGCUUGGAGCCAAACAGGUUGAAAGACACCGAAACGGUGUUUAACGUUAUAGAUGGAUACGACGUGCCAAAGAUAAAAUUCGACAUUUCCAAGAGAAAGUUCACCGUCGACAAUGAAAGCUCAUAUCCCGAGGCGCGGUACAAGUCACUAAUCUUCAAGCACCGCUUUGAGACGAUAUGGCAGAAAACUCUGAGGCAUAAACAGUUUCUGCCUUUGAGAUUGGAGAAACAGACGGGUGAGAUGAACUUGAUACCCAUCGAAUAUCUGUUGAGCGAGCAACGGACCGGCAAAGUACAGGUAAUGGGUUUGAUAACGCAAUUUAGGGAAGAUGAAUAUUAUCUGGAAGAUACCAGCGGAACCGUUCGAAUCGACCUAAGCAACACCGACUUUCAAGAUACUUUCAUCAUGGAAGGCUGCAUAGUGAUAGUCGAUGGAGUCUACAAGGAUGACGUGUUGCGCGUAGAAACGAUGGAUUUUCCGCCAAUAGAAUCGUCGGAGAGUUUACGCUCCGAUUUCGGAGAUGCCAAUACAUUCGGUGGGCCAAGUAACGUAUCUUUAAAAAUGUCGGAGAAAUUGCAGGUUUACGAGCAGAGUAACCAGGACGGUAUGAUAGUAUUCAUAGCGGAGCUAUGGCUCGACGUUCCAAACGUCUUGCAAAAGUUCAAAAUGGUGUUGGAGGGUUACGUGGAUUAUCCACCCAUAGCUUUCGUAUUAUGUGGCCAUUUUCUCAGUUCUCCUACAAACGCGAGCAGCGCGCGAGUUUUGACAAGCGGUUUUAAAAAUUUGACCGACUUGAUAGCGCGGUACGCGAACCUGAAGGAAUCCUCGAGAUUCGUCUUUGUGCCUGGUCCGCAUGAUUUAGGCUCGCCCAAGAUCUUUCCAAAACCCGCUCUACCCAAGUGUAUCGCUCAACGAGUCACGGAAACACUGCCGACCGCUAUCUUUACCACGAAUCCAUGUAGGAUACAAUACUGCACAAAGGAGAUUGUAGUGUUGCGGGAAGAUAUGCUGACAAAAAUGUGUAGGAACGCGCUUCGUCUUCCGAAAGAGCAACACUUUAAGCACUUUGCCAAGGCCAUCAUCAGCCAGUCACACUUGACUCCUGUGCCUCUUCAAGUCGUCCCGGUAUAUUGGAAAUACGAUCAUGCUCUGCGGAUAUACCCAACGCCAGAUCUGAUUGUCAUCGCAGAUAGUUUUGAGACGUACACGACCAGCUGUUCCGACUGUUACGUCAUUAAUCCGGGAAUGUUCUCGAAAAACAAUUUUUCGUUUCAAGCUUACGUACCUGCCAACAACCAGAUUCAAGACUGUCAGCUUCCGAACGACACCAGUGUUUCUUAGAUCGAUAACGCGCGCUACAGGCUAGUCACAAUUGUCUCCAUCUACGUCUUGCGUAUAUUUAUUCCGCUUCGAUGACAAAAUCUCCUUUAUUUACAAUACUUGAAAACAACACCGGCGCUGGAAACGCGAAUUUUACGAAUUUUACGAAUUUUACGAAUUUUACGACAUUGUACGAAAAGGACGAUUUUUGACAAAUUCAAUUCCAGGGACGAGAAGAAUAUAAUUACACAACCGUCGCAAGAAACUGUCUCCGUGCUCAUCCCGUGCGUCUCUUUUGCCAUUUCUUACAUUGAGAUGGCUAAUCUGGAGUCGAGUUUAUUUCUCCAGAGUAUUCGUGCACGCAGUUGUGUAGGACACGCGCGCUCGACUCGUAUAAAUAGGUACAUGUAGUACUAAAGACACGGUGUUUCUAUCGCUUCUCAAUGUACAUAAUAUUAUACACAGGUACAGACUGGGCCCCGAUUUCUAUUCAUUUCGUUACAAUGGAAGCAUGAUUCUCGAUUACUGGCCGUACUAAAACAAACGUGAUGACGUGAAAAGAUGAACGUUUCAUCGUAACGUCACCUUACGCCCUCGUCUAUGAGCAAUAUUCUCAUUUAGCAACUCAUUGCAGCAAUAUUGCUUAAAUAAACGGCGCAAAUUACGGAGACAGUAUCACACCAGCGUGGUGUAACGUCCACGAAAGUUUCUGAAUUCUUCUAUUACACCAUACUUGUUACAUUUUGAUCAUCUCACUUGAAAUAUCUCAAAUGCGACAUACUAGAAAGACUAUUUAAUACUUGAUGUAACGGAAAGUUAAUUCCCAAACGUAAGCUUUCCUUAAAACAUGGGGAGCAUAUCUGACACUUCAAAGUUUAAAUUUAAAUAGUAGUAGAUUACAAAGUGCGAACGCGUAGAAUCUUGGAAAUCCAAGUAAACGAAUAUAGGUACAUGUAAAUUGCGUAAAUUGCAACAACUACACACACGUCAACGCGUAUCACGUAUAUUACAGCGCGAUUUGUAAGAAAA